AGAGUACCUAUGCUUUCAGUUGAUGAUAUAUUUGAUGGGUGCAGAAAAGUUAUUAGUUUGAGAAUCUCUACUUCUCGGGAAUUAAAGGGGAAUAAUCGCUUCCAUAUUUGGCUUACCGCUUCAAUAUAAAAAUCCAGACAUUUCAAUCUGAAACUAUGUUUGAUAUUUUCGUAAAUUUUUCCAUUGGAAGAAAAUGUUCUGGAU